AUAAUCCAUUAGGAAACCCCUCGGUUGUCAAAGUGUUUCUCUGUGUGUGUAAUCGAUUUACGGGGACGAACAACCAAGCCGAAUGAUAAUCGCUCUCUUUGACGGCAACCACGAAGCAGGACGGACGUGUUUGGCUACAACUGCGUACCACGAGGUUCUACAAUUUGGCGCAGCCGGUGAAAACAAAAUGAUGAACGGAGAAGACAAAUUGCGUUACCCUUUGGCUCAGUUUAACGAUGCAGUCGAUGCCCAGGACUUGCGAAGAGAAUGGGAAGAGUGGCACCGGGCUUUCGAACUCAUCAUGCAGUUACGGGAAAUGGAAUCUCAACGCGAGAAGUUGGCAACAAUGCUGGCCAUGGGAGGAAGAGGACUGCAGCGGAUUUUCUACAAUCUACGGGCAGUACCUGAUGAGUUUUAUCCUGAGCCAGUCAAGGUCCCUCUUAUGCCAAGAGAAGUGCCCGAGUAUGACAACGCUGUUAAGCGCUUACAAGCAUUUUUUGUUGGUAAGCGGAAUGAUCGUGUGGAACUCGAAGUUUUUCGUGGUCUGAGACAGAAACCUGAGGAGUCGUUCAAUGCCUUUAUCCUCGGACUCCGAACACAAGCGGCUCGCUGUGAAUUCCGCGAUCGUGAAGACACAGAGAUUUUACAGCAGAUCACGAUCGGCGCUCGGGACGAAAAAGUACGAGAUAAGGGUCUGGAGAGCGUAAUGAAUUUGGACGAGCUAAUCAAUUACGCCAUCAACCGGGAAAUUCUUGUUAGACAGAGAGAGAAGGAGAGAAGCCAAUCGGAAGUCAACAACAUUUCGGUCAGAAGGAAUACUUGGAGACCACAGCGCUACGAGCAUUCGUUCACAAAGCGUACAACUCCUUUCCGUCCGGAUUUUAGAAGAGGUGCAGCUCGUAUUCAGCGAGGAGAGCAGUGUUGGCGUUGUGGAUCAUAUAAUCAUGGAUCGGAGUCACUUGAGUGUUUGGCACGUGGAGCUAUCUGUAACCGUUGUGGACAGAGUGGUCACUAUGCCAGGAAGUGUGAUGGAACUCAUUCAUCGCCGUCAUCGAAAAAGCCUGCUGUCAGACGUCGAAACGAAGCUAACUCGCUUGUUGAUUCGAAAGAACAUUGGAAAGCAGAAAUCCCACACCGCCCGACAACGGAAGAUAUUGCCAAGGUAGAAUGAUUUCGUUUUGAAGAUUAAUUGAACUGUUUGUUUUCUUUAAUUAUUAAUAAAAUAAGGUUUCGUAGAACCUCGGAAUUGAUGAACUGAAUAAAAUGAAUUUUUGAAUUAAAAAAAAAAAUCUUCUUCUCAUUAGGUGGAUGGUCAUGUCCUUGACAGCGGUCUUGUCACUUGUAUGAUCGACAAAACGGC